CGGCCGUCGCUGAUACCGCGCGGCGCUCGCCCGGCCACUUACCGGUCCGGCGACUCGGCGUGCGGUUGUCUCGACUGUCCGGCGCGGCGUAUCUCCGUCGCGUUUGCAACGACUGCGGCUGUUGCGGUGCCCCGCGAUUUUCGUCCCGAGUCCCCCGCGUAAAGGUAAAUAAUAUUAUUAUUGUUAUUAUUAUUACGUUUGUUUCGCUUAACGUUCCCAAAUGGGCGACGAGUGCGGAGUGAUGCUUCAUAAGAAUGUAAUAUUCACUAGAACUAUCUACUUGAAACUGUCGCGGGAUACGAUUAUCCUUCGACUCGAAGUUCGACGCGCCAUUACCGUGGACCAACAGAAGCCGAUACCCCGGGCUAUUGGCGGUUAAGCCGCUCGCGCAACGAGGAACAGACAACCGAGGGUUAUAACCCCGGACUAAAGCGCGGGCGUUUUGAAAAAUAAUUUUCUUUUAACAAACUCCGGGCCCAUUGAUUAGCCUGUGAACAACGGCAACACCUCCGAACGAACGUCUCGGUGCUAGUGGUUCUUGGCCAAGGGCCCUUUUAGCUAGAACGUCCGCACUCGCGUCCGCCUCGCACAAUCUAAACGCCACCGUCCUCGGCGGUACACGGCGCUGCAGUUUAUCCAGCUUUUACCGCCGUAUUGUUUCGCCCGGGACGUUCCGGACCGGAAGUGUUAUUAAAUUAAACGUGCGCGCGCAAUGAUAUUUUGUAUCGUCUGUCCGUCGCACUCGUUCGUUGGCGAACUCGCCGAAUAUUUAUCGCGGGAAACAACGGUUGGGCAACAUGACGAAACUCGCGUGAAAGUUACCGGAUUCUUAUCGCUUUUUUUUUUUUCUAUGUCUCCUCUUUGUUAUUCAACUAAAUAAUCAACAGGUUUAUACCUACGCGUAAUGUACUUUGUUUGGAUAUUUUUUCGGGCCCGGGUUAUUUACGCGAAAAAUAUUUAUCAUUUUUUUUUUUUUUUUACUAUUACAACGCGCCAUCCGCAUGCUUAUUAUCGGCAAACCGUCCGGUUACCAUUACAAUGUUGCUGGCUAAUAGGUCCGGUCGUUUUUUUUCAAUAAUCGAUACAGCAGGUACGCGUCUGCAUUACGUACAUUUUUUUAUUUUGUUUAUUGCGCAAAAUUCGCAGAAAUAUUUUCAGUUUGGAUGUCCCAAGGUGCAGAAUUGCGGGGCUAGUUAUUUGUCGCAUCGAGGAGGUCGUUUUUUUUUCCUUUCUCGCAGCUUUCAAAAAAAAAUCUUAGGGGAUGGGGAAACCUUACGGAAACAACGGUUUUUCUGUGAUUCGGUUGUAAAAAACGUACGAGUACUUGUUUUGGCAUUUGCGCGGUAAAUAUUUAAAAAUAUUCUGGACAUUUUCGAGCUAUUUAUAGAGGCAUUUGAUAUUUUCACGUUUUUAUUCGGAUAAAACCGUUUUGGCCGAGCAAAAAUGUUUGAAAAUUGUACGCGUCGUUCCAGAGACGUGGGAGGGGGGGGGGGUUGUUCGAGGGAGAAGCUAAUUUUAUUUUGAAAAAACACGUACUAUGAAAAACAAUACAAUCGUUGCGUAUGAGUGUUGUGUAGAAAAAUAAUAAAACACGACUCGGGCGUGGGGGAGGCGAUCGCCCCGUCGCCACCUCUUUUAUCCGCCAACGGCGAGGUUCGUGUUCAGUUGCGGUAGGAGGGCGGUCGAAAAAGUAAAAUAUCACCGUGUUAUCGAUAGUCCAGCGGAAAGUUCGAUGAGAAUCGGGAAAAUCGCGGUUUUUCAAGUGUUUUCGGCCGUUCUUAAAUUCGUAUUUCGUUAGCGACGAUUUUUCCAUCAUCGUUGUGCAACGAUUUAAAUUAAAUAACCCUGCGCAUUCUACUUUGCCAACUCCGCACUCGAAACAGCGGCCACGUCCACCGGCACUGUCGGCUCCGUUUUUUUUUUUUUUUUCUCUAAAUAAAUCUAUAUGUAACGGAUGUUAGAAAAAAAAAAAAGAAAAAAAAAAAGGUUUUUUUAUCGUACAAAACGGAACAAUUGUCUUUGUUGUUUGAAAAAUAAAACGAACGCCGUUCUCAUUGUACAUAAUGUAUUUUAUCAUCCCACAGUCAUUUGCCAACAAAUCGAGAAUUCGCACGCGCGCACGUGGCUCGUAUAUUGGUAUCGACCGCGCACCGACUUAAUAAUUUUAUAAGAAUACGAAACGUGCAGGCGAUUUAGUAAUCGCGUUCAACAAAAACGAACAAAACACUGUACGCGAACAACGGGCGUGUUUUUUUUUUUUUUUUUUUUUUUUUUUUUUUUAUGUUUGCUUAUUGUUCAUUAAAUGCAUUUUGCAUUAAUUGUCAGCGUUGUUAAUUAUUCGAAUGAAUGUAUUAAGGUAUUUGAAUACUUAACGAAGAAAAAUAUUCGAACGCGUCUUUGGAAUACUUUACACGAGAAAAAUAGGAGGAAACUGUACGGCCGUUUUAACAGACAAUAACCUAGACCGCGGGAAAAGUUGUGAAAAAAAAUCGAGUGUAAUGUAGUAGAUUUUGUUUUAUUUGGUAAAGUAAAUUACAAUCUAUAGACGUGUGUACAUUCAGCAAUUGGGAUGAAAGAAUAUGAAUAAUGACAUUGAGUAUUUAGAAUAUGGAAAAUUACCCAACGGUAACACCCAACAAAGAGCUUUGUAAUAAAAUGUUGACGAAAAUAUUACGCCCUUUCAAAUAACAGAACUUCGUUACGAAUCCUUUUGAUUUUUUUUUUCUUAAUUAGGGAAAUUUUCAUAUCGAAUUGAAAUAAUUAUAUUGUAACACUACGAUCGAACUCUGAACAAAUUACUAUUACACUUAAGUGUAGUAUGACCUUUUAAUUCACACGAUCAAAUUGCAUGACAAACAUAGGUACAAUUAUUGGACAUGAUAAAAUAUUCCGUCAAUUAUAGAUUAAUGGUAGGUAAUUGGAAAAUAUUUGAUUAGGGUUUAAGAAAUAACCAAAUAUCUUAUUGGGAUAAUAGGUUUUUAUUUUUAUUAUUUUUUUUCGAAUCUAAUCCCAACCUGCCUUGAAUAUAAUAUCUACGUGGUAUCAUUAAAUAGUUUGACGUACAGCAUGCGUACAAAUCCAUUGUAAAUAAAAUUUAAGUUUAUUAUUUUUUUAUUAGGUAUUUAUACAAUAGAGCCUUGCACGGAUAGACAAAAGUGAAUCCGAUGCGACCUGAUAGAAAUUUAAAGUUGGUCAUACCCGAGCCCAUCUGACACGAAAAUCUGAUCCGUCCGGAUUGUGUUUUUUUUAAAAAAGUCCGCAGAUCAGCUCCGAUAUAAAAUUAUUUGAAUUCAAUCGAAUUCCAAAUCCAAUUAUCAACACCAUUGCAUUUUAUAUCUUCAGAACCACCCAAACAAACAGUGGUAGAACCUUUAUUAACCUUUAAAAUAUUAAGACUAGGUAAAUACAAGUUGUCGAUAAAACUAUAAAACCUCUUUCAACAGGGGCUUAGAAAAAUAAUUUGAGUUAUUAAAAAUAGUUGAGAAUGAUGAGAUAUCGCAAAACUACAAAAUAAAUAUAAUAAUAAUAAUACCUAUUCAAUUAUACAUAGAUAAGUAGAUUUGUAUAGGUACUUAUCUGCUAUUAAUUUAAUAAAACAAUUUAAUGAUGGUGUAAUUCAAAAAUGUAUCAACGAAAACUUAUAAAUUGUCACUUCUUAUUUGAAAUAAUAAUUAAAUUUAACAUGAAAGUUAAUAUUUUAUCGUUUUGAUGUCAAUUAUAUUAUAAUGUACACUUCGUAAAUCAAUUAAUAACUAAUUAUCCGAAAUCAACAUGCAAAUGACCUUUUUAAUUUUGAUACGACACACAAAUAUUACGUAUACAUACUCGUAUUAUACGAAUUAUAGAUACACUAUGUAUAAUUAUUAUACGAUCAUUUAUCAUAACAUCCCAAUACAAUACGAUACGUAAGUAGGGUUUUGGGGUUCAAACGACCAUCCCCUCGCAAUUUGUUUGCGUUCUAUUGGGAAAAUAAUCGCGUGGAAAAAUAAUUAUGUCAGUCAGUAAAAUUAGAAUACCACAUAUUUUUAGGCUACAACACCUUAUUCCCACCCAGAUUUAUUUUCAAGUUCGGGACUUGCUCUGCAAUUGCUGACACUCAACUAUCUAAUGCCUUGCCACUGUCAUAUUCAAUAUGUAACUAUACUGAACAUUUUAAAAAUGCUCCAAUUAAAAUAUUUAUUUAUUUUUUCAUUUUCAAAUCUCGACAAAUCUAGCAAAAUUAUUUAUUUAAAAGUAAAAACUAAAUUUAAAAAUAUGUAUAAUAUUCGAAAAUUAUAAUAAUUAUGAUACUUCCCACUAUAAACUGAAACAGUACCUAUAAUUAUUCUGGUGAUAUAAGUGCAGUGUGAAUUUCUGACAACAAUUCCAUCAAUUGGUAUACCUAUUAAAGUUAGUUUACUAUAUACAUUCAAAUGAUACAAAUCGUACGUUUCUGCUGAAAUCAUUGUGCGUUUGUAGAUAAUUAUAAGAUUGUGUUUGCUAUAAUCGUAAUAUAUUAUUGUAAUAUUUCAGUUAAUUGCUGUACAUUAAUUAAUGAGACGGUCAACUUGAAUAAUGAUUAGGUGCUUACUUAUAUUUUCAGAAAUGGCCUGAAAUGGAAUUUGUUUUGGGUGCUAUGGGCGCCAGUGGCGCUGUGUGCUUUACCAAUCCAUUGGAAGUAAUCAAAACACGAUUCCAGUUGCAAGGAGAACUGAAAAAAGUUGGUAAUUAUAAAGUUCACUACCGAAACUUUGCGCACGCAAUAUAUGUGGUGGCAAAAAAUGAAGGGCCACUGGCUCUCCAAAAAGGUCUGUUACCAGCCAUGGGACACCAAGUGUUGUUGAAUGGUACGAGAUAUGGCAUAUUCGAUUUAGCGCAGAAAAACAAAUGGAUACUCAAAGAAAAUGGUACCGUUUCGCUUAUAAAGUCUGUGGCUGUUGGAGCCGGAGCUGGCAUGUUGGGUGGAUUUUUAGGUAGUCCACUGGGCAUGGUGAGUGAAAUACAAAAUUCAAAUUUUAGGUGUACCUGAUUUUAGGAGCCUUCAUAUUUUUGUUAUUAUUCGUUAAGCAGUUAUUACACGUGUUCAAAUUGUCGUUUUUAGUUAAAAAUUCACCUGCAGUCAUAUUCCGCUCAAUCCAUUGCCGUCGGCUAUCAACGCAAAACUAUCAGCACACUAAACGGUCUGCUAACCCUGUACCGCGAUUAUGGUGUGGUCCGAGGAUUGUGGCGUGGAGCUGUGGGAGCAAUGGUACGCAUAGGAGUCGCAUCUUCUGCACAGUUGAGCACCACGAGCAUACUGAACGAAGCAUUCAUUGAACACGGACUGUUGACCAAGGACCAAAAAUUCUUGAGUACUCUUAUGAGUAGUAUGGUAGGCGGUGUGCUUAUGUCAAUACUGAUGGCGCCCUUUGAUCUGGUCUCAACACGACUCUAUAACCAAGGUAAACUUAUUAACACACAGACGCUAUAUAAGUACACGCUCUGCAUUUUUUUUUUUUUGAAAUCACUGAUCUAUACUGACCUAUCCUAACCUAACGACCAUGUUUAUUUCGGAUUAUUUGUCAUAAUCCUUAUUUCCUCUUCUUUAUGUGCUGUAUUAUACCCCUCAUCUUCAAACCUGUUACUAACUUUCUUUGAUUUUUCUCUUAAAAAUCAUCAUAUCAUCAUAAUAUAUCAAGGUUAAAAUAACUAAUUUACUAUACUUUACAUACAUAGGAGUGGAUUCUAAAGGUCGUGGUCUACUUUACAAGUCGUACAUGGAGUGUUUAAUCAAGACGUUCAGACAAGAAGGAGUCCACGGGCUAUACAAAGGUGUUAUUCCGUGUUAUCUUCGAUUGGGACCCCACGUCGUUCUGAGCAUGGUAUUCUGGGAAAGAUUGCGAUUGCUUGAAAAAAACAUAUCCGACCACUUUAACAACCCGCAAACCCUUGUUUGAAUUUUAUGUUAUCAUUUUGUUAUUUUUUUGUUUUUCGAAUCCAUUUUAUGUAUGUUAGAUUAUUUGUAAAUUAUAAUUGUCUAAUUUUGAAAAUCUGUGGUAUUCAUAUGAAUACAGGCGCUGUGGUGGCGUGGGUAGGUACUGUUCCUGACUUUUGUAGUUUCAACAAAUUAUAAUAAAUAUUACUUGUUGACAUUUAGUAUGUAAUCAAUUUCUCUUUAGAUUUUUUAUUUUUAAAACUUGUUUGAUAAUUGAUUGGUUUCUAAUAUCAUUUGAACAUUUGUCAAAUUUAAACAUACCUAUAGAUAUUGUUUGGUUUAAAUACUAUAAAAAUAAUUAUAGAUAGUAUGAUUACUAUGAUUUAUUGUUGUAAUUUUAAAUUUAAAACAUACAAUAUGAAAUUAAGUUUUUCAGUCUAUAUCCACACUACAUUAAUAUUAUAAUUCAGAGAGUUAAUCGUUAACUAUAUUCUGACUAGUCAUCAAUUGAAAAUACACACAAAAAUUAUAUUUUUUGAAUUACCAUUAAAAAAAAUAUACUAGCAAAAGUCGUUUCAUUUUUUGGAUAUUUAUUUUCUUGAUCAGAUUUACAACACUCGUGUGAUUAAAUUUACACAAUAACGCUACAUAUAGUGUUUAAUGGCUAAAACUUCUUUUGUAAUAUGUGUAAUAAUAUAAAUAUAUCAUUAGUUUUAAAGUCUGGUUUUGUUAAAAGUAAGUUUAAUUUAAUAUAAUAGGUUUUUCUAAUAAUUAUUAUAUGAUAUUAUAUCAUACAUAGUAAAUAUCUACUAAAAAUUAUUUAAAAUAUGUUAAUGAAAUCGCUACAAAGUUUCCAAUAAUUUUUUAGUUUGUCAAACUAUCUCACACAUAUUUACAAAAUUGUCAAGUGAAUCAUAAUUUGAUAUAAAAAAAAAAAUUGUUUGAUUAUUUGUAUGCAUUCCUAUUUUAAAUACAUUCGAUUGGUUUUUUUUAAUUGAUUGUACCAUAAUAUGCAACAGAAAUCAAAAAAACACAAUUAAACAUAGUAUACCUACUAGAGCUCUGCACGGAUUGAAUUGGCUUGACCCGACCCGAGUUAUAGCUCGACUGACACAAUUGUUCUCGUACAGAAAAUAGUGUAAAAUUAUGACUUUUCGGAUCAGAUGAGGUCGGAUUUUCAUGUCAGAUUGGAUUGGGUCGGAUCAAUUAAGAAUGUCCGUCUGGUCGGAUCUGAUUCACUGCAGACUCUAGUAAUGAAGUCUUAAUUGAACCAAUGAACCGCCAUUUCAAUGUAGCUUCUGUAGAAUUAUUAAUAGUAAUAAUUUAUUUUAAAUUUGCCUUUUGUAAACAGGUCAUCAGUAGUAACACUAAUAUGACUAUUUUACAGUUGUUGAAGUCAAUUUAUUUUUUACUGAUUCUUUUAUAUUUAUGGUUGUAGGUAUUUUAUUUCAUUAGUUUUUCAACAAAUACAUUUUCUUUUAGAAAAGUCUUUAUAAAUAAUGUCUCUCGAAAUUGCAUUUGUUCUACUGUACUAAAUGGACGAUUUCCCAAAAUUAAACAAAAAUUCAGUAAUUAUAUUAAUAUGGUAUUUAAUACUUCUGAAAAUAUAAUUUAAAAUAAACUUUAAAUAUAUAUAAAUAUAUAAUAUCUACAUAGACAUGUUACCUAUAAUGUAUUAAUUGGAAAUCAUUAUUAAUAUUAUUUAAU